AUGCCCCCCCCUGCGCCCGGGGCCCGGCUCCGGCUCCUCGCCGCCGCCGCCCUGGCCGGCCUGGCCGUCAUCAGCCGAGGGUUGCUGUCCCAGAGCCUGGAGUUCAGCUCACCUGCAGACAACUACACAGUAUGCGAAGGUGACAACGCCACACUCAGCUGCUUCAUCGAUGAGCAUGUGACCCGGGUGGCCUGGCUGAACCGAUCCAACAUCCUGUAUGCGGGCAAUGACCGUUGGACCAGUGACCCCCGGGUGCGGCUCCUCAUCAACACACCUGAGGAGUUCUCAAUCCUCAUCACCCAGGUGGGGCUCGGUGACGAGGGCCUCUACACCUGCUCCUUCCAGACCCGCCACCAGCCCUAUACCACUCAGGUCUACCUCAUCGUCCAUGUCCCUGCCCGCAUUGUGAACAUCUCCUCACCCGUGGUGGUGAACGAAGGGGGCAGCGUGAACCUUCUCUGCCUGGCUGUGGGAAGGCCAGAACCCACUGUCACCUGGAGACAGCUCCGAGAUGGCUUCACCUCAGAGGGUGAAAUCCUGGAAAUCUCCGACAUCCAGCGGGGCCAGGCCGGGGAAUACGAAUGCGUUACUCACAACGGGGUGAACUCGGUGCCCGACAGCCGCCGCGUGCUGGUCACAGUAAAUUAUCCCCCAACUAUCACUGAUGUGACCAGCGCACGCACCGCCCUGGGCCGGGCUGCCCUCCUGCGCUGCGAAGCUAUGGCGGUGCCUCCUGCAGAUUUCCAGUGGUACAAGGAUGACAGGCUGCUAAGCAGCGGCUCGGCGGAGGGCCUCAAGGUGCAGACAGAGCGCACCCGCUCCAUGCUUCUCUUUGCCAACGUGAGCGCCAGGCACUACGGCAACUACACCUGUCGCGCGGCCAACCGGCUGGGAGCGUCCAGCGCCUCCAUGCGGCUCCUGCGUCCAGGAUCCCUGGAGAACUCAGCUCCGAGGCCCCCGGGGCCCCUGACCCUCCUCUGGGCCCUGAGCUGGCUGUGGUGGACGAUGUAGAUGUCACCCAGUACAGCGCAUGCGUCUCCCCCUGCAGGGGGCCUCGGGCCGGGAGCAAGAGAAAGGGGGUGAGCAAGCGCCGCCAUGGGUCUCGAGGGGGACUGAAGAGCUCUUAGCCACAGAGGAAGAAAGAAAGAGAGGAGGAAGGUCUUUUAGAGAACCCAUCACUGUGAGGGAUAACGCAAAAUUAUGCAUCUUUCUACAGCCAUUCUCGCCACCCGUUCACGUUCCCAAUUGUGACCCACCCCCAGCCACCCCACACCCCUCUCUUAGCUCAGGCUGUCAACUGGCUCGUUUGUGUGUGUGUGUGUGUGUGUGUGUGUCUGCAUGUUGUGUGUGUGUGUGUGUGUGUGUGUGUGUGUGUGUGUGUGUGUGUGUGUGAAGGUGUGCUGGGAGAGGGAACCAGGAGGCCUCUCUCUCUGGCACUAACUCUCCCAUGGCCCCUGUCCAUUCCUGCUGCCUCUCUUCCUCUGGCUGGAGGUAGGUAUGGGGGCUUCAUGGUGGAAGCUUUGACAAGAGUUUGCCAGCUUUCCGCCUUCCCAUAUAUGCACGAACACAUACCCCUCUCCUCCCUAUUGAAGGGGCAUGUGGGGUGGGUGUCAGGUGUCAUUCAGCCUUUGUGAAUAGGUGGGGAUCUCCAUUAUGGUUUGUUUCUCCCUGCUCCAUCACCAGUUGCCUGCAGCCAGAGGCCCCAUCACUGGCUCAGUGGCCUGAAAU